AUGUGGCUGGCCGAAGCCCUACUGAUCCUGAAUCUUAUUGGACCUGCUAUGUUCACCACCAUGAGAAUUUAUGCGCUCUCAAGGAAGAACAGGGUCCUGGGCGGGGUGGCCCUGGUGCUAAGCAUGACGCCGUUUAUCAUCAAUGCGAUCACGGCAUACCAGAAACCUCCCGUCUAUCUUCCUGCGCCGCUGAACUGCGCUCAGACCGACACAGCCAGCCGGAACCUCAGCAUUGGUAUUUCCUCCAUCUUGAAUAGCCGCUUCCUGCUCGCCCUCCACGAGACGAACGCGCGGCUCGAAGGGGCAGGGGAUGCAUCCAUAUCCUCGCUCUCCCUCAACACCGGUAGUGGCGACAACUGGCGGGGAGACUCGCCUGACCUCCCGGAAUUCCUCGGCGUUAUCGGCGGCUCAAUCCACUCGUUCCACGACGAGAACGAAGACCUGCGAUCCCUGGAAUUCGCGCCGCCGCAGGAGGAGGAUCAGUCCGAGUCGGAAGGAGCGAUUCAGGAGAUUAGAAGAGAAGGAGUAGAUGUGGCCUGA